GUUGGCUAAAAAUAAAAGCGCCUCGGUUUCUCUCUCUCUUUCGUUACUUCGUUCGCCCCGUCGGUCGGUUUUCUGUCCUCCCCGUACGUGUCUCUUGCUGUGGAGAAGAAUCUUCCGGAGGUUACUCUCUCACGAACGUUGUACGCGCGCACGCACCGACAGGAUACGUCGAGCGUUCGAUUACGAGAGAUCGAAUCGCGCGCGCGUCGAUCAACAAUCGCAUUCACCACCUGUCAUCGCUAUUUAUCGACGGAUCAAGAUGGCGUACGAGGAAAAUUGCUUCCUGAACAAACUCCAAGCUUUUCACUCCGGCAUUCCGGAUGCUUCCCCCGGUUGUCCUCGUGUUUCUACGGAAUGUUACUCUCACGUCUGCGUUUCUUGCUACGAGCCAGUCGAAAUUAUUGGACAACUUCUUCGGAUCGUGUCUCACGAAGGUCCACUGCUGAAGCGUUUUUGUACAUUAGGAAGCAUCAGGAGGAUAUAAUUUAUUAUCUACAGUAUUAAGCUUAACUCGGAUAGUUUUAUCGAUGAUUUAUUGAAUGAAUGUGAAAGGAAGAGGUUUUAUCGCUCGUUUCAUUUAACGCUAUAAAGGAUGAGGCCUUGAAACAUUGAAUUUAAAACUGGAACGCAUUACCACAUGAUGCGCAUGUUUUGGAUCUUGAAGUUUUGAUGCUGUUGUGCAUAUUUACAUUAUGUCUAUUCGUGAGAAAUAUCCGCGUCUAAAAGAAUUUCUUGAAAUUGUGCCGGAUGAGGAGAUAAUCGAAAGAAAGGAGAAUGAGAUUAAACAAACCGUGUAUCAAAUGGAUUAUUCAAAAGGUGAUUACUCACCUCGCGCAAAAAUAUAUGAAAGAAGAGAGGACGUUCGUUUACCGGAAGAUUGGAUCAUUUUGGAGACGAGUCAAAAGAAGUCUUACAGGAAUCCGUGGAAAAUUGUAACAGAGGACUUCGUACGGGUAAAGAAAGCGUUAAAACCACCGGACAAUUUAACACCGAAUAAAAAGGAAAGAGAAAUUCUUUGUAUAAGAACUGGAGAUUCAGAGUACGAUGCAAUGAUAGGUGCUACCGGAAAUCGUGUGACAAAAGAAUGUUUGUUUGGUCCACCGUUAUCAGUUGAACCGCAGAUAUAUACUAAAAGUUCGGACAGUCCACCGUCUAAGUGCUCUGAAAUUCUAGCCGAGAAGAAAUUUGUACUUCCUUCUAACAUAAUUUAAUCUUUUUGGUCUAACUUUUUUUUUAACGUGUCUCCACAUUUCCUCCAGAAGACGAUUAUUUCUAAUAAAUACUUAUCGAAGUAAGCGAUAGUUAGGUAAAGGAUUACUUUGAAUUAUCAGACACGAAUUAUUACAAAACAGAAUCUGCAUUGUUUUGCUUGUACAUAAUCAUUUUAUAAAUAUAUUAUUUCCUAUUUUCAUCCCGAUUAAUUAUUAAUUUACAACAAUUCACAUUCACGCUGAACAGACAACGUCAUAUUCCACGUCAUGGAGUUAUUUACAAACCCGACAUAUCUUAGGAUUAUUUAACAAAUUAUUUAUACACGAACAUAAAACAUUUUUAUUUUUCUUAUGAAAGUGUAGUUAUGUAUUUCAUUUAUGUAUUUAAUAAUAAAUGAAAUUAAUCAU